AAUAAAAAGUAAUAAUUCAUUCAUAUUUCUAGAGAUUAAAAAUGUGAAAGUAACUCUAUUUAGUAAUAAUGAUUCCAUUUAUAUUGAACAAAACAUGACUUUGUAAGGGUAAACGAUUCUGCCUGAGAGAACGGUAGAAUUUGCCCCAAUUUGAUUUAACCCUAAUUUAUACAGGAACCAAUAGCAGUGUUGAAAUGGGAGUAAUGGAAGUUGAUGAAACUCAGGUGAUUUGUUUUAAUAUGUAUAAUUUAUGAUCUUUUAUAUUGAUUUUUGAAGUUCAAUCUUUGUAGAAUCAUGAUGAAUUCUCAUUUGGGUAUCUCUUUAGCCAUUAUCAAUGCCAUUGUUGUUGGUGUGUUUAAUUUGUUUUAGUCAUUUAGUUUAAUCAUUAAACAAACAACAUAUAUCAGAUACUAAGUUAAGUUUAGUUAAAAUCCCAACCAUUAAAGCUUUUAAUCCAAAACUAAUUUCCCAAUGUGCUUCAUAUCAAGUUUUUGUGAGUAUUAUACUCUGCUGAAUUGAAGAAAUUUGAUCUGAAUCUUCUCUGGAAAAAUGUUUCAAUUCAUAGAAGAAGCAUUAUGUACUCAAUGUUGAAAUCUCUUACAAAUGUUUAUGAGUUAGAGAGUCUAGAUAUAUUUGAUGUAAUAUAAUGUAAAAAUUUAAUAAAAAAUAAAAUAAAUUAUAAUUUUUCUGAUGUAUUUUAAAAUUCUUAGAAGUGGCCUAACAUUAUUAAUAGUGUUCAAACGGAAUUCAAGUCAAUUUUUUGAUAGUGUAUGGCCUUAAAACUCUGAGACUAUGAAUGGUUACCCAUCUUAGACUACUACUUCAUUUGACCACAGAAGAAAUUAGAAAGAAGGAAAGAAAAAAAUCCUUAAAAUUAUACAAAUUUUCAAAAUAUGUGGUACCUAGUUAAUAUACAGUCUGUUAUCCCAACCCCAACACAGUACUUUCACAACUUAAUUGAUCUUUCUUGAGAAAAUGGAUUUUAGAAUCAUGAUGUAUUGUGCUGCUGCAACACUAGUACUGGUAUAUGCUGUGGAUUCUGCUUCUAGUUCCUCUAUACCAACAUCAAGAUGCCUCUCACACCAAAGUUCUGCUUUGUUACAACUAAAGCAAGAUUUUGCUUUUAACAACUCCAGUUUCACUGAUUCUUGUUCUUUGUCUAACCAAAAGAUGAAGUCUUGGAUUGAAGGUAAUGAUUGUUGUGAUGAUUGGGAUGGUGUCACAUGUAACUUGGAAACAGGACAUGUAAUAGGGCUUGAUCUUAGUAACAGCUGUCUUCAAGGGCCUCUAAGUUCUAAUAGCAGCCUCUUUAGUUUGACUCAACUUCAAAGGCUCAACUUUGCUUAUAACAACUUCACUCUCUCAACUAUACCAUCAAGGUUGUUUACUCAGCUUCCUAGGUUAACCCAUCUCAACCUAUCUUCCUCAAAUUUUUAUGGGUUUGUCCCAUCUGAAAUUGCUUUAUUGUCAAACUUGAUUUCACUAGAUCUAUCUUCAUUUGCGUAUUUUGAUAUUCUUAAAGGAGAAGGGUGUGAAUUGUGUGAAUCUUUGACUAUGAAAACAGUUUCAGAGAACAUGACAAAGUUAAGAGAAGUUCAUUUGGAUGGUGUGAAUCUUUCUUCAGUGUCAGUUCUGUCCUUUUCAAAAUUUGCUCACUUGAUAUCUUUAUCUCUUUAUGAUUGCAAUCUGCAUGGUGAAUUUCCCAUGAACAUUUUCCAACUGCCUAAUAUUCAAGUCAUUGUCUUGUCAGAUAAUGAAAACCUCAUUGGUUCUUUUCCUGAUUUUCAUAAUGGAAGUCAACUACAAACCUUGCAUCUUUAUGGCACAAAGUUUCAUGGAAGAUUACCAGAUUCCAUUGGCAACCUUAAGUCUUUAAUUGAAUUAAUUAUUGAAAGAUGCAAUUUCUCAGGGACUAUUCCAUCUUCUCUUGGGAAUCUUUCCCAACUUGAAGUACUUGAUCUUGGAGGCAACAAUUUCAAUGGUGAAGUUCCAGCUACAUUGGGAAACCUUUCCCAACUCAAAUACCUUGCUCUCGGAGGCAGUAAUUUCAUUGGUCAACUUCCAGCUACACUGGGUAACCUUUCCCAACUUGAACACUUUAAUCUUGUAGGAGAAAACAUAAAGGGUCAGCUUCCAUCUACAUUGCAAAACCUUGCAAAGCUCACUUAUCUUCGAAUUGUUGAUACUGGACUCACUGGUGAACUUCCCUUUUGGAUAGGAAACUUUAAACUUCUUGAGUCCUUAACAAUUUCUGGAAAGUUUGAAGGUCAAAUUCCAUCUUCACUGGGAAAUCUCAGCCACCUUAGUCUCUUGAAGCUUUAUGGUGAAAGUUUUAAUGGGAUGCUUCCAAAGACAAUCACAAACUUAACCCAACUUUCAUACUUGAUAAUUUCAGAUACUUCAUUGACUGGACCAAUUCCUUCAUCUCUUUAUAGAAUGCCUCUUUUGACAGAGAUUUGGAUAGAAAACAACAAGUUUACAGGUCCUCUAGAGUUCGAAAAUGUGUCAUCAUCACCAUUGAGCUAUCUAUCAAUAAAAAACAACCAUCUAGAUGGACAAAUUCCCAUUUCUGUUUCCGAAUUCCCAAACCUGCUUCAGCUUGAGCUUCAAUCAAAUAACUUAAGUGGAAAACUUCAGUUGGAAAUCUUCCCAGAGAAUAGUGAGCUUCAGAUCCUUGGUCUUUCAGAUAAUAAUGAUUUAGCCAUAACUUCAUGGAGUACAAAUUCAAGUGUACAUAAGUUUGACACAUUACUAUUAUCUUCAUGCAACAUUGGUGAAACUUUUCCAGAGUUCCUAAAAACCCAAGAUGAAAUAAGAUACUUGGAUCUUUCCAACAACAAAAUCAAAGGUAAGAUUCCAAGUUGGUUCCUCAACAUAGGAGUUGAUACUUUGUCAAACUUGAUUCUUUCUAACAACUCAUUCACUGGUUGGGAAAGAGCUCAACUUAUUACUCUUCCUUGGAAAAAUUUGAGAUUGCUAGAUCUGCGUUUGAACAGCUUGGAAGGCUCGCUUAUUGUCCCGCCACCAUCCAUAACACACUUUUUCAUCUCAGAAAACAAAUUGGGUGGAGGAAUUGAUCCAUUACUGUUCUGUAACUUAAGUGUUCUUCAAGUUUUAGAUGUGUCAAACAAUCAUUUGAGUGGCACAAUCCCACAAUGCUUGGUUAACUCUAGUAGCUCACUUCUGGUGUUGGAUAUGAAACACAACAAGUUUAGUGGGAAAAUACCUGAGACUUUUUUGAAUGGAAACAGUUUAAAGACAUUGGAUCUCAGUCACAACCGAUUGCGAGGAAAGGUUCCGAAAUCUUUGAUCAACUGCAGAGCAUUGCAAGUUUUGAAUCUUGGACACAAUGUCAUCAAUGAUGUGUUCCCUUCUUGGCUACAGAAUUUACCAGAGUUACAAGUUCUUGUGCUACGUUCCAACAAAUUUCAUGGUCCAAUAUGGGAUUCUCAUCAUGAUAUUGGAUUUGUAAAGUUAAGGAUUGUUGAUCUGUCCAUGAAUGAUUUCAGUGGAAAUUUACCAUCAGACUACUUUAGCAAAUGGAGUGCCAUCAAUACAGAAAUUACUAAAGAAAAUAAGUCUGAAUUGAAGUACAUGGAAGGUGGUGGAGACUACUAUAAAGACUCAAUUGUUAUAGUGCAAAAGGGCUAUGAAAUUGAAUUUGAGAAGAUCUUGACUAUCUUCACUGCCAUUGACUUAUCAAACAACAAUUUUGAUGGAACAAUUCCAAGCAGCAUAGGUGAUCUUCUUGCCAUUAAGGUAAUCAACCUUUCAAACAACACUUUUGAUGGGCUCAUACCAACAGUUAUAGGGAAUUUGAGAGAACUUGAAUCAUUAGAUCUCUCCAACAACAACCUUUUUGGUAGAAUCCCUCGAGAAUUGGCAACUCUUACAUUUCUUUCUUAUCUCAAUCUUUCUGGGAACAAUCUUUCUGGGCCAAUUCCAAGUGGUGGGCAAUUCAAUACUUUUGAAAAUUCAUCAUUUGUGGGAAAUGUGGGAUUGUGUGAUUUUCCUUUGUCAAAGAAAUGUGAAGACACAAAUGCUGUUGAUGAGUAUAGCCAGCAAUGUGAUGAAUCUGAUGAAAAUGGAUUUGGUUGGGAGGCAGUGUUGAUUGGGUAUGGAUGUAGUUUUGUUAUUGGAGCCAUUGGUGGAUUUGUGAUUAUCUCCAAGAAACCAAAGUGGUUGGCAAACAUUUUUGGAAGAUAUCUUCAGUGAUUAUGUUCAAUUCUUAUUGUAUGGGGAUCUUCUGUUUUUAAUCUUUUAGUGUAUGUAUAAUAUAUCUAUUUCUUGGUAA